UUCAUUCAUUCGAUUCAUUCAUCGCUGCACCGAGUAAAAACCGACUGAUAUGGACGCCGGUGUAGAAGAUGGCAGAAGAGAGAUGUUCAGGGGAUUUUAGGCGGAUUGGAGGUCAAAAUUUGUUUCGAGGAUAAUCACACAGAAAAGUCGGAUCCUGUGUGUGUGUGUGUUUUUUACGCCAAGUUCCAUUUUUCGGAAUAAAAUCAAGCUAGCCGGGGAGUGUGUUAUGGUUUUUGCCCAGCUCCAGUCCCUCUGCCUGGCGGCCCAUAGCGGCGAACAGCACCGGGCAUGACCGCUGGCUCUGAACUGUGACUUUCUGCCUGAUUUUCUAAUAGGAAUAUCGAUUAAAUCUCACGUUAUGAUUUCGCUAAUCUGACCGAAUCAGCUGGUUUGGGGUUAGCAAGUGCGGCUACAUGUUAGCUAGCUAUGAGUGUGUGUGUAUGUAUGCCUGUAUGUAUGUAUGUGUUUGUGUGCGCGCGCGUGCGUGCGCGUGCACGUGUAUGGGGACACCCUGCUUAACUGACUCUAGAUGUGAUUGAAUGGAGAUUUUUUUUUUAUUAUAAAUUGUGUUCUUUGUUGUUUUUAUUUUUGGUAUUUUCACACCAUUUACUAUACCACAUACUGAAUACAAAAGAAUUACAACGACUUUAUUAAGCUGUAAUGUUUAUGAGAGAGCGUUAAUCUAUAACUAAUCUUAUUCGGUUUACACUGAAAACGUGAAAAAAAUCUAACAAAUGAACACCAAGAUUAAAAUAUGACAUAAAUCAUAUGCUUAAAUACACUAAAUUUAAUAAAUGACCUAAUUUCGACACGGUAUAGUGUAUAAAUUGACUAAAAUUGGUGAAAUAAACUUUAACAGUUGGUUAAUUACCGUGUUAUAAACAGAUAAUUCAUUUCUGUUCACCGAAAUCCACUCCUCAGUCCUUAGAACCUUUUUUAUGAUUUUAUUUUAGUCUCUAAAGACUUAAAAUGUUAUUUUUUUAAAAGGUUUUAAGUGAAUCUGAGGUCACGGUGAACUUAUUGAACUUGAAACUUAGGGUUAGCAUUAGCAUAGCAGGUGGGGUGAAUGUGAAGAAGUCAGUCAAAGCGGAUGAAAAUGAGAUUUAAUUCAUUUUUAAAGUGUUUUAUCAAACUUUCCAAGCAAGUGGCGAUUUUAUAAGAAAGAAAAGGAAGGAAAAAAGAUUAGUCAAUUCGGCUUUUUAAAAAAAAAAAUGAUUUAAACCGUCCUCUCGUUCCAACAUGCUAAUGUUGCUAAUUAGCGUUUAUGCAAAUGACAGUUAGGCGCGAGCCGGUCAGGAGGCAGCGGUUAGCCCGCUAGCUAAGCUAGCAGAGUUAGCGCUCUGCUUUGUGGAGAUGUCGGAAGAUCGAUGUGUUUGUGAGGUCGGAUGUCAGAUUUUAUUUUGUAGGUGACAUUUUGUUGUUUGUUUUUAUAAAAACAAAUCAAACAUUUGAGAUAAUUGUGGCUGAAGUCAGGAAAACGGCUCCAUUUUUUUUUUUUUUUUUUAAUUCCCCUCAGCUCGCCAUGGCAGCAGGCGCGCGCUCCACAUCCCGAUGCGCGCGCACCAGUCAGCAGUGUGUUUAAUACAGACUGAGAGAUUCUGCAGUGUAUUGUGUUGCAUGUUGUGUGUGUAUGUGUGUGUAUGUGUGUGUAUGUGUGUGUGUGGGUUUUGUUUGUGCAAUGGCCUAUCUAAAUGGACCCAGAUUACUGGACUGGGCGAACUCUCCUCCUCACCUCCAGUUCAAUAGAUACGUCCUGACCGGCUACAGACCCAUCUCCUCCGUGCAGGACUGCAUCAGGAGCCUGUUUUACCUGCACAAUGAGCUGGGAAACAUCUACACACACGGCAUCCCUCUGCUGUGUUUCUUGGUGCUGCUCCCCCUCAACAUGCCCUGGUCUCAGAUCAGUGUGACGUGGCUGGGCGUGGUCCACUUCCUGGCCUGUUUGUCUCCUCAGCUCGGCUCCGUCCUCUAUCACCUGUUCAUGAACCACGAGGGCGGAGAACCCGUCUACAAAAAACUGCUCACCUUAGACAUGUGCGGCAUCUGCAUGAUUACCACUCUGGGCGCUCUGCCCAUCGUCUACAGCACGCUGCUGUGCUACCCGUUGCUGCGCGGCGCCGCCCUGCUGGCCUACAUCGCUCUGUCCAGUUACGCCAUCCACUGCGCAGUGACGGCGCGGAGCAGCGUGCGCCGCUUGCGCUCGUUCGCCGGACAGGCGCUGUUUCGCUUCUUCUUCCUGGGGUUGCGGUGGGUGGGCGUGGGCGGGGGAAGCCCCACGUCGCUAAGACACUUCCUCACCAUGGAGGCGCUGGCGGUGUUGGGCGGAGUCAUCAACAUCGCCCGCGUGCCCGAGCGCUUCUGCCCCGGUCUCUUUGACUACUGGUGCAACAGCCACCAGAUCAUGCACGUCCUGGUGGUCGGCUCCAUCCUCUCGCUGCACUGGGGCGUCCUGGACGACCUGCUGUGGAUCAACAUCUACGACUGUCCGGCAGACUGACCUCUGAUUGACCUCUGACCUCUGGGGCGGGGUUUUUUUCCAAGGAAUCCUAUCCUGACUGGUCUCGAUGAGAUUUCUUUUUUUCUUUUUUUUUUUUUUUUUUUGUUUUGUUAUUAGAAUUUGACAUGCAUCAGGUUUUCUUUAGACUCAGGGAGGGGUCACAAGCUCUGACCUUUGACCUCUUGACUCUUGUUUGUAUCCAGGGGGUUUGUGAUUCAUAGGAUUCAUUUGCAAACUUGGGAUUCCUGUGUAGAGAUCUGACCUUUGACCUCGGGGUGCAGAUUAUUGUUCAUCCUCGCAGUUCGACAUGCAUUAAGCACUGAUAAGGGCGGGGAUGUGGGGUGGGGGGUAAUAUAUAUGUGUGUGUGUGUGUGUGUUUGUUGAGGGGACGGCGGGGGGGUUGUAACAACAU